UAGCCGUUUUGGCUCAAGCGGCGGUCGCCCGUCGAUGCCGGGCAGCCCGGCCUGGUCACCGCCGGCGCCGCGGGCGCCGAGCAACGCGUCAGGGGCCGCUUCCCCGGGGUUUCCGCGCCUGCCCACGAGCCCGGGGGCUGCGAUGGGAGGUAAGGCGAAGCCCGCCAAACAGACGUUAGCCGAGCUGAGACAGAAGGAGAAGGACGCCUGCUGCAACAGGGUCGGCUCGCAGAGGUAAAAGGAUAGGAUGGGCGGUCUGGUGGGGCUCUCCAAGUACACGCGCCCCCUGUGCAUGCAGGCAGCCCCCGACCGCAAGUCGAUGCAGAUGCACUUCGGAUCCAAGCACCCGAAGGCGACAUUCGACAUCGUCAAGUGUCAGGACCUUUACGCCGGCGUCAAGAGCAGCACCGCGGGCGUCGCCUUGCGCGGUGGCAUCAGAAAGCACCACAACGGAGCGGAGGUCGCCCGGCUCGGCCUCGCUCUGCCGCGAUCCGUUGCGCCACGGCCCGUGCAGGCAGAGCCAACCGGCUGGCAGUUUUGCACAGCGCCGAUCCCCUGAGCCGAAGUUCCAGCCCGCUUCUGGCACGGCAGAACCGACCCAACGACA